AUGGGUAACACAUUUGCGCCGCAAACAAGAAACAUCCCUGUUCCUACCUAUCUGGCAUGGGUCAACGCCUGGAUAGAGGUACUCGCUCAUCCAAAACAAGAUGAUACAGUACUCAGUCUGCAGGAACAGACAAAAACUUUUAUUCAAGCAACAUCAUGCUCUAUCCCGGACUACGCAUCUCUUAAGCGUGUGGCUUUCUCCUUUCAACGACGUCUCCGCAACGGCGAAAUCUCUCUAGGUGGAAAAGCUGCUCCUUCUUGUACGGAGACAGAUCCAGCAUCCGGGGACUACAGGCCCGUCUCCAAAUGUUCCUGCCGAGGGCUUUACCCCAUCCCAGAAAAUGCUGAUAUCUUCGCUGUCCUUGCGCAGACCAACUGCGUCUCUGUUCGCAAUACCAUCAAUGCACUCCAGGCUGUAACGGAACGCGAAAAUGAAUGGAGCUCUAAGUCAUGGUACACACCUACUGCACUCAAACUGGCAGUGGACGAGCUUAUCUUGGCUAACUCCGACAUCCAACCGCCACCGGACACCUGCCAGGGACCGGCGUCAGUCACACAGAUACCCCCUGUCCUGGCACCAGAUCGGCGGCCGAACCCGAGAACGGAUAGUUACCAGGAUGUUCACCGUCAAAUUUACCCGCUCGCGGAAGGCAUAAAGUUCUGCGUCGAUGCCAAAUACUAUUUCGUCCUGGGAACUGUCCCUAACAAUCCCGCGUAUGACGGAAUAGUCCGCGCGAUUGCAGACUCCGGGAAUGAUAUCCUGAUAGGAGAUUACUGCGAGGUAGCAGAUGAGACGACGCUUAACCUCCUGCAGCGAACCGGAGCGGCCGCUGUAGCGUUCCUAAAGCUCUGUGUGCUCUCUGGUUCCUUCUCUCCAUGGGCAUUUGAUAAUAUGAUGUCUUCAAUUCUUCACUUUCGGGUACUGGGGUAUUACCGCGACCACGCACGAGAACAUAACCUUGUCCCGCCAGGCGUGUACGGGAGCCGCAUGAAAGGAAUCACCGCUCAUCGAUGUGUCGAUCUUGGGCUGUUUGUUGCCGUCGCUGCUGCAUCCUUAGUCACUGGGAAAACAAUUGGUGUAUCGGAGAAAGAUAUGUUGAUCGAGGCAUGUACGCUGAUUAAUGAUCUUAUCGAUCUGCGUAGUGAUACAGCACGCAGACAGCGAGAGAAUGUCGUGCUAAGAGGAGUCCGGGGCAAUCUGUGUGAGUAUUUAGAUUCCCUCAUUGGGCUUUGUCUGGAAAGAUCGGCUGCCGCAAUCCGGACGAACAAAACUUCUGCGCUAGUCGUGAUGGCGUAUUGUAAUUGGGCUGUGAUGGGCUCUCAUCACAAGUUGUUCGAGUUGAGCACGCAGGUCUCUAAAGUCACAAACUCUACAGGGUGCAAUGCUUGUGUGUAUCACUCUGUGGAUAACCGCCAUCAGUAUCAAAACCUGCUUAGUGCGUUGGCUCCAUUCGGGACGCUAGGGCAGGACGGACCGCAUGUUGGUCGAACCAGAGCCGAGUUGGAUAUCGGAUUUGGGAUAUGUCGACUGUCCGAGAAACAGCAUCUAGCGUGGUUGGCGGAUGUAACACGGAGCCUUCUAGAGCCGCUGACGAUGAGGAGGAUUGUAGACGUGGUGCAUUACGCGUGGACAGGCAGUGUGGGUGAUGCAAACUACUGUCCUUAA